CGUCACUAGCGUCAACGUCACAUUGACACGGUCAUCAAAAAAAGCACAAAAGUUUUCAAAAUAAAAAAAAUUGCUUUGAAUUAUUGUUAUAUUUACUGGAAUUAAAUAACAAAAUGAAUUUACGAGCAGAGAGAGAUUUGAGUAGCAACGCAUACGGCAAGCUAUUUCAGAAAUUAGACAGCCCAGACGCAAUAUUCCAGAAUUACGUGAAAGUUUUGGCCAAGCAUUAUUUUACAGUGAAGAACAUAAUUCAGGAAAUACUAGCAUGUCGGGACUCUAUGGAGAGUUUGAACAGACUCAAUGAAAAAGGCAGAGCAGCCAUAUCAGUAUUGAGGGACGAGUUGGAAAACUUUGAAUUGUAUGGGAAGGAUGUUGGAGACAUUAAAUAUGCAACCGAAGUGGACUCCCAGAGGCAUCAGCUAGCUUGUCUUCUAAAGGAAUUCAAGGAUGCCAAUAUUACAAGUAUGUUUGCCAUAGAGAAGGCUCAAAGAGAGGAAUUGUUGAAAGCUGGUGAGGGUGAAGAUACUGGUAUUAGGCACAGAAAGACUAAGGUCGAGAGGGAUGGAUUGCUCAAAAUGUCUUCAGGUGUGACAGAACAACUGUUGUCUAUUAGCAGACAACUGGCAGACACAGCGCAGCGGAGUCAAGACACACUAGAUAAUUUGGUUUCAUCCAGCUCAACUGUUCAUGGCACACAGUCGGAGCUUCAAAACACUGCCAGCACGAUAUCCGAAUCUAGCAAACUUUUAAAGAAAUACGGCCGACGAGAGUUCACCGACAAAGUUAUCAUGUUCUUCGCAUUCCUAUUCUUUUUAGCCGUUUGUCUGUACAUUGUACAAAAACGAUUCUAAUUUAUUAUUAUGACCGUAAUCAUUUUAUGUAUAGGACAAUAUUUAUAAUGGAUUAUGAUAAUGAAUUGUAAGUAAUAUUAUAAUUAAAUUACUUGAAUGGUAUUGUGGUGGUA